AUGAGCAUGGGUUGCGCUCCUAGUUAUCCCAUCACGAGAAGCCCCGUCGUUUAUGAGCCAAUCACGUAUUUUAAUAGAACAGGAACAAGGAAAUCACACGGCGAAAACGAACUAAAAAAUACGGAAUUUCAAUCAAUUCAAGAGCAGUACUGGGGAAAACUUCUCAUGGAACGAAGAUUAUCAGCUGUGAACAGAAAAAAAUUUCUAGAAAUGGGUGAAAAAGAUUUCAGAUCGUUGAUAGAAGAAUUUCCAGAAUUUAAAGAAUCCGACAUAUCGGACUUACGAUUACAAUUUCAGACGUUUGAUUUAAACCAAGAUGGAAUAAUUGAUUUUAGAGAAUUAACGCAGGUCCUCGAUGACCUAGGGGAUAAGUCUGAGCCUGCCGUACGGGAACAGUAUUUCAGUAACAUUGAUAAAGAUGGAUCCGGUGCUAUUGAUUUUGAGGAGUUCUUAGCGCUCAUUUGUCAGCUGCGAAAGACCAAUGCAGAUUUUCUCCAGUCAAGCGAGUUGGGUCAGAUAGGAAGCUUGUGCAAACGUGGCACAGACAAUAUUCAAAGAGUCAGAAAACUUAGUGUGGCUAAGCAAAUGCUCACGGGGCUGUUUUAGGGGAGACUUCCUAACAACAACGUGCAAAUUUCAAAACAUGAAUGACAAUGUGAUGCAGUUUACUUUGACUAUAGUUCAGAAUGAAUGAAAUGUUCUUGUUAAUGGUAAACAUUUCUAUGGUUUGAUUCAUUCCCCACGA